AAUUGGCCCUGCUUGAUAAAAUACCUCACGACGUGCCACAUCUGGGGUAAUUCCUGUCAAAAUCUGCGCGCCAAGAUGAGGAAGUUGAGGUAACUCUUAAUUACAUUGAUAUUAUUACUACAAGAGCAUGCCACCACGGUGCCUUUACCAGUCUCCCAGUGCACUGCUGUACGGGUUUUUGGUAGCGGCACCUAGGUUGUGCCCCCCAUGCUCUGGUGCCCGGGUCCUUGUCAGGGGAGCUCAUGCUUGCCGGCAUACCCCUCCAAGACCUCAUCUGUCGAUAACCGGGGCAAGAACGACCGUCCUACCCGUAAUACUGGAAGGAGCAAUCCAUCACCUGAGCUGUCACCCCAGAUUACUCCGUAUCUACAUACACUACUCUUCCCCGGAUCGGCUCCCAGCGAAACAGGAAUAGCUUUACUCACGUCUGGGUCCCUCCUCAUCUCGCGCCAGCGGAUCAAGAUCAUCAACAUCCGGCCCCACCCCCGUCAUCUCGGCGGCACUCGGAAGAUAGCUCUUGUGGGCCCCUGUUGCGCAUCCGUUCUGGAUUUCCGGGGCAGGCCAGCUCCAGACAGGAGUCUUGAUACGGGACACGGACGCGUUGAUGAACCGGAGCGACCCUGGGCCAAUCGACGUCUCCCAUCGGCGACCCGUCUGCAUGGUGCGUUACUGGGUGCGUUGCCCAGCGUUCGGUUCCAACUGUCUGCAACGGCACUGGUGCACUGCUACCCAGUCUAA